AUGGCAACAAGUGAUGAAGAAACUGUGGUCGCCCCUGAAACAAGUUGUAAAAAUAAAUCAAAGAGAUCUGUAUCCGACCUGUCUGAGGAUGAAGCUGAAGCUACUGAAGACAACGAAUUUCGUUGUUCCUUUUGCCCUGCUGUAUUGACCAACAAGUUGGAAUGGAAACAACACCAGUGUCGCAAACAUUUAUCAGUUGUUAAUGUCACACUUGGCAAUUUUAUGACAAAACAAAGCAAGAUAAAUUUCUGGCGAUAUUCGAAGAACCAAAUCACUGAACGUCAACUCAUGUACAAGUGUUCAUUAUCAGUGUCAUCCUUGCGCCAAUAUACAUCUGGUUUCAAGCACCCCCGUACCUAUGCCACGUGGCGAGCAACACUAGACGGCCUUGAUAAUGAUCUUCUACAACCAGCAACAAUCUUUACCAUCGCUGACGUCCCAAAUAUUCAGGGAUACGGGGUUUCGGACAUGUCAAUGGCGAAACCAGCAAGCCUGGUCCUCCAAACGAUCGCAAUAGCAUCGCGACAUGAUCUGGACCCCAUCCAUAUUGCCCCUUUCCUGUCACCGAUUGUCAAAUCUGCAGCCAGUGUCUUGUCAUCCGCCAACCAGAAAAUCAAGACACAUGUCGAGGCCAAACUGCAGACAUUGUUUGGCAAUCAAAAUUAA